AUGGUAUGCAGAGGUGGUUGUCAACCAACUCAUCUAAUGUUUGCUGAUGACAUCUUCAUCUUUUGCAAUGGUAAUAAAAGAACUCUGGAGAAUUUGAUGGCAAUAUUAAUGAAAUACCAAAAUAACUCUGGUCAAGAAGUAAAUAAAGCCAAAAGUAAAUGUUUUGUGGGUGGAUUUUCAACAACUAGACAACAAGAGAUUGCAAAUUUUUUGCAGAUGGAUCGUUCUUUCUUCCCAGACAAGUAUUUGGGUGUUAUUCUUAACCCUGGUAAGGUUACAACUCAGCAAUUAUCGGGGAUGGUGGAGAUGAUGCAAAAGAUACUAGCUGGAUGGAUUGGUAAAAUGUUGGCUUUCUCAACAAGAUUGACUCUUGUUAAGCAUGUUUUAUGUAGUAUGCCAAUAUACACUAUGGUUGUAUAUAAAUGGACAAAAUUAGUUAUUCAAGCUUGUGAAAGAAUUAUCAGGAAUUUUUUGUGGUCUGGGGAUCCAUCAGUGAAAAAUCUAAUUACAAUUAAAUGGGAUUAA